AUGAAUGCUGAUGUGACAAUCAGCAGAGGCCCUAUUCCGCUGCCUUUCUGUGCCAAGACCUGGACCACAGAGGCAUCCGCCUGGUCCUGGUCAGCAAUGAAGUGCUUCCUUGUGCUCAUCCUGGGGGUUUCCUCCGUUUCCUCCGUUUCCUCCACCCGUCUCCAGCGAGGCCACAUCUCUUGCCCCAGUGGCCAGCCCUGCCGAUGCGACUGCGCCAUGGCGGCCUUGGCGCAGCUGACGUCAGAGCCGGAGUUGCUGCCCCCGGUGGCACCCCCGCCACUGCCGCCAAUGCCUCCAGCGGCGCUGCCGCCUAUGCCCACCUACACCCGGAUGACCGAAGCUGAUUUGCCCACCUUGGGGCCCCCGCCGCCCACCACCACUAUGUCGACAACGCUGCGACCGCCUCCGGGGCUCUUUGCAGCUGGUGGGAAUCCUGCACAGAUGCAAGCGGAUAUUAUGAAUGGAGGAUUUGAUCAUCACUUUCAGUAUGUGCCAGGCAGCGGCUUCUUCAACAAGAACACGGGCCGCUUCCAGAUGACAGCGCAACCCAUGGCCGGCCCAGGCAUGGCCAUGCCUGGCAUGGCACCUGGAAUGGCCAUGCCGGGAGCAGGGCCUCCCUUGCAGUUGAUUUCUAUGGCAGAAACACAGGAGGGCUCACGACACCUGAGAGCGCGACAGGGACAGAGCUGUGAGUGCGACCAGUGAGGCCUGCGCUCAUCUCGAUUUCAAUUGAGCAGUGACCAUAGUGACCAUUCAACAAAUCUCAGGAUGAUCCAAGACGAUCCGUUUAUGUGGUAGAUCCGCACCAGGUCACACCUUCGGUGGCCAGAAGUUUUCUGGGAGUUUCAUUUUCAUCCAUCUUCGGAAUUUGGUAACUGCCCAAUUGCAGUGAAUGCUUGGAGCUCCAAUGUGCU